AGCUGAGCUCAGAAGUACCAACACGAGCACAGAAACGGACGCACGAUGGUUUUCUAGAUGACAGACCUAACAUAAACACACAUUUUCUUACUCAUUAAAACAAUAUUACAGUCAUUCUAACUCUCGGGACAACCGGAGAAUAAAGGAUGACGGACGGAGGAAUGUUAAUCUCACCGCCGAUUCUCCAGGAUCAGGGAGAUGGAGCGAAACCCGCAGACAACAGCAUGGAUUGUACGGACGAGGGAGAUGAAAUGUCUUUACAGGAAAUUUUAACACUGUACAGUCAGCCGAUCAAUGAGGAGCAAGCAUGGGCCGUGUGUUAUCAGUGUUGCAGGUGGUUAACGCAGAAACGGAGACGGAAAGAGACAGGUGUGAGUCCACCUGGACGCAUCGCGGGUCCCGAAGAUGUAAGGAUCCAAAAGGACGGAACUGUUAAACUAUACCAACAAAGCGGUCCAGAUAAACCCAUAACGCCCAGCACAUCAACAGAGAUCAUAGAGUCUCUGGGUAUUAUGAUCUAUAAGGCUCUGGAUUACGGACUGAAGGAACAUGAGGAACGAGAACUAAGUCCUCCUCUGGAGCAGCUCAUCUAUCUCAUGACCAACAUAGCGGAGACCGAGAAGGACCCCUGUCCUGAUGAAGGCUAUGAGGCAACUGAGGAAGAGGAUGAGGGAGAGGGAGAGGAAGAGCCUGCAGAUGUCUCUAACAUCCAUGGCUAUCGUGACAUCAUGUCUCUUUGCACAUCUCACCUUCCCAGCCAGUCAGAUGCUCUUGACCACUACCAGGCCGUAUGUCGAGCCCUGUAUGCCGAGACCAAGGAGCUGCGCAGCUUUCUGGAGAAGAUCAAGAGUGCCAGAGAGAAUUUGCGAAGAAUGGAAGGAGAAACCUCAGAGGAGCCGGUCAGAGACCUGAACGAGCUGCAGAACGCGGACUGGGCAUGUUUCUGGGUUCAGGUGAUGAGGGAUUUGAGGAACGGCGUUAAGCUGAAGAAGGUGCAGGAGCGUCAGUAUAACCCUCUGCCUAUCGAGUUCCAGCUGACACCUUACGAGAUGCUCAUGGAUGACAUCCGGUCCAAGCGUUAUAAACUUCGUAAAGUUAAGGUGAAUGGUGAUAUUCCUCCAAGGUUAAAGAAGAGCGCUCAUGAGAUGAUACUGGAGUUCAUUCGAUCCAGACCUCCUCUGAACCCUGUUGCUGCUCGUAAACUAAAGCCUCAUCUUCCACAACCUCCAAGUCUUCACGAACGCAUCCUGGCGGAGAUCCGAUCAGAGAGGAAGCUCAAGCCUGUCUCUCCUGAUAUGAUCCGCAGGAAUCGACUGGUAAUACGUCCACUAAGCAUGUCUAUCAGUUUUGACUCAUCAGGCGCAGGGAAAAGCAUAAGCACCCCGCAGGACUUGUUCAGAAGCUCAGACGUCCCUGAUGGACUCCGAAAGUUGGCGGUCAGCACACUGUCUCUGGCCAAUGACACGUCACCACCUGAAAGCCCCAAAAACAGUCAGCCGCUGUCACAGAGAAAGAGAUUGCUCAAGGCACCUAAGCUGGCCGAUCUGGACAGUUCAGAUUCGGAUGAUGACCAAUCGAACACCACUCAGAAAUCAGACAGCAGCUCCAGUAUUUCCACCUCAGCGGUGGAGGACACAUCUCCUGAGUCUGUUAAUGACAAAAAGAUUCCUUCUCCGCUCCCGUCCACAUCUUCCACCCCUCAACCUGACAAGCCCAUCGCUCCGCAGACGAAACGCACCACGGGGAAGGAAGCGGUCAUGAGCCGGCAGCCUUUCCUGCCUCCUUCUCGACAAGGAUCGAGAUCCCUGACUCGAGCAGUAGGCAGAGGUCGUGGGGAGGAGUUCUGCUUUCCUGUCGAGUGCCUCACUUUGACAGUGGAGGAGGUGAUGCACAUCAGACAAGUUCUUGUUAAAGCUGACCUGGAGAAAUUCCAGCCGUACAAAGACGUUUAUAACGCCCUGAAAAAGGGAAAGCUCUGCUUUUCAUGUCGGACAAAGAAGUUCUCCUUUUUCGCGUGGUCCUACACCUGCCAGUUCUGUAAAAGACCUGUUUGUUCACAGUGUUGUAAAAAGAUGAAGUUGCCCGCUAAGCCCUACACCAGCCUGCCCAUCUCUUCUCUCGGCCCCAGCAUUUUGCCUCCAAAAGAUCCUGGAUCAUCAGAAAAAACUUCCACCACAUCUGGCCAGAAGCAUCAGAGCCUUCAGCGUUCCACAUCCAGAUCAUCAGUGCACGGAGAGCACUCAUCCUCCAAAGAUGAACUUGAGCUCCCCAAGCAGUUCACGGAGGACUGGAGCACCAUGGACGUCUGCGUAGACUGCAGGAAGUUUAUUAACGACAUCAUCACCAACAGCAGACGCAGCCAGUCAACCAGACGUGCCCGCCUGCAUCGCAGAACACACUCGGUCUACAUGGCCUCCGGCAGCUCCGUAAACUACAGGCCAACUGAACGGACUAUCAAGGAGGUUUAGGAUGAUUCACGCCAUCUCGUUGGAUCAAAGCGCAUUAAAAACUGUGUACCAUUCUCACCCAUCAUGAACGCUUCACUUCGGUCCUGGUGGCUGUAAAAUUGAAGUCUGAAAGUGCCAGACAGAAAUAAACUGUUUAUGUGAGGGGUAUUUCUUAAACUCUGUUAGCUGUGUAAUAUGACUUCAAUACAUCUCCCUCUUCUCUUCCAUUUAAAAAGUGCCAGAGGUGAAGGAAUAAAACCGUCCCUCAGAUGAGUCCUUAAGCACUAGAUGUCUCAGGAAAUGUAGGUUUCUUCUCUCAUUUAAGGUGUGGAAUGUAGUAUAAUACACUUUAAAGCUUGUGUUAGCCACAGAACAGAUUAACACUGGAGUAAAGGAACAGUAUAGAGAUGUUAGGAAAUCGGCGAUAAGGAAAAGAAAACCGAACGCUGCUUUGAGCACUCGAAUGUAUAUUUUUCAAUAUUAAACUGGAACUCAACAAUUGUAUGUAAAUAUGAAGCUGUAUUAUCAGCAUAACUAUUAUAGAUGUAAAUAGGCAUCCACAUCUGGUUUAAUUUAAUCCGCCGAACGACCAAGAGACACUGUAGAUUAACUCCACCACAAUUCAAGAUUGUCUUACCAAAUGUUUAUUUGUCUUAAUGUUUGUUAAAAUUGCUGCUGGUCCAAAUGAAUGACGUUUUAGAUAAUUACAAAGAGUACUUAUAUUUUUCCUCUGUCCAAUGACAGUGUUUUUGAGAUUUUAGUCAAGGAUGAGGGUCAAAAAUGUGUUUUUUAGGGCGAAUGCUGAAGUGUUUCUUACAGAAUUGAUCACAUGUGCCAAAAAACCAAUCCCCUUAUGUGUUUUGGACCUGAUGUACAUAGUGAUGCUUGAGGCAGGUGAUGGGCCCAAAGUGGAUCUCCGAUCUCUCUCCGUCUCAGAUAUAAGCUCAUUUUUGUAGGAUACAUUUAUGUACAUGCUGUAUAUCCAGAGUUCAUGAAAUCUACUGAUAUAUAUUAUUAAAAUUCCUUUAUAAUAUUAUGAUUUAUAUUAUUAUUAUUAUUAAUAGUUAUUUUAUUUUUCUGUGUAGACUUUCCAGAUUCUCAUGUUUAAUUUGUCGCUUUUGCUUAACCUUAAAAAAUGUGUUAAAUUUAUUUUGAUGUCUUAAAAAAUUUGUAGGUUAAGUUGAAGUGUAUAAUUUGUAAUAACUCAUUCCUAGCUCAAUGAAACACCCAGAAAUUCUUCAAACAGAAUUUUACAACUCAACAUUGAUGUCAUGUAAGAGCUUUGGUAGGAUUAUUUAUUUUUUUAUUAUAACUAAAGACAUGCACACACACCAGAUAUAAAUACAUGUGCACUUCAGUGGUUUACAGAUUUGUGGACAUGUUCUUCUGUUUUGUGCAUAUCUGACUGUACUGCCUCUUCUACAGAAUGAUCAGUGUGCAUGAUGGAAUCUGUUUUUAUAACAAGGAAAGAAUUCCCAAUAAAUAAAGCAUUUGAAAUGUAA